GCGCAUGUCUACGUGUUCACGUCAUACAUUUACGGAAGACACGUUUCGGAAGGGUUAUACUUAUUUCAAACUCAACUGCUUCAACGGUAAAUACUACGUAUGGUUUUCCCUGGACGUCAGACGUAGAGACGUCUGGCUUGCUUAUUCACACAGCGAACGUCAUUGUGUUUGUUAUAGUUGUUGUUGUGAGUGCGUAGUGAAUCGGCCGAAGAGUUAUCAGCUGAUCACCAGGAUGACUUUCAGCAGGCAAACGUAACACAGAAAGCUGCAGACGACGCCCUGUGGUUUUGUUUUUGUUUUUUGUAUUAUAUAUAUAUAUAUAUUAACAAAGCAAUUAGUUCUCCGGUGAAAAACAACAAUGGCAGUCCCGGUGGCUGCCACGUUACUACACUUGAGUUCUCCAUCAAGCCCGGUGGCUCUCCUGGAGCCCAGCAUUCACAUCCGAGGACGAGACUCAGAUUUGGGAAGCUUCUUGAACGAGAAAGAAAAUGACACUCUACCGUUACAUUCAGCUUGGACCUUCUGGCUUGAUAGAUCUCUACCAGGAGCUACAGCAGCUGAAUGUGAGUCCAACCUGAAGAAAAUCUACACCGUGGAAACAGUCCAGAACUUUUGGAGAGUUUAUAACAACAUACCCAAUGUCUCCAUCUUGCCACUGAGGUCCAGCUAUCACCUGAUGAGAGGUGAAAGAAAACCACUGUGGGAGGAAGAGAGUAACGCUAAAGGUGGUGUUUGGAGGUUGAAAGUACCAAAAGAGUGCACAUCUGCUGUGUGGAAGGAAUUGCUACUAGCCACCAUUGGUGAACAGUUCAGUGAUUAUUGUGCUGCCGAGGAUGAAGUGGUUGGUGUCAGCGUCAGUGUAAGAGACAGAGAGGAUGUUGUUCAAGUGUGGAACAGAAACGCGUCCUGCGCUGAGGAGUCUAAAAUUUUAGGGAGGAUCCACGAGCUCCUUCCACAGAUGCCAUUUAAAGCAGUGUUUUACAAACCUCAUAAGGAGCAUCAUGCUUUUGAAGGAGGUCGAUCACGAUAUUAGCACAUUUUGCACUUCAAGCACAUCUUGGCUCAUCUGUGGGCACAUUUUGAAGAAGCUGAGUUGAAGCUUAUAUUUUUGACCUCAUCAACUCAAAAUGUAGCCAUUAUAUUAUGGCAUGGACAUGCCCCAUCCUUUUGGAACUAAGGUCAUUCUUAUACUGUAUCUGAAAUAGUUUUGCUUGUUAUUUGUAUUACUACUAAUUAGUAAUUUUAUAAUGCCCAUUUUUGCAAAGAUCUAACCAAAAUAUAGAAGGUUAUAUGCAGUGGUGUUCAGUUUCUGGAUCACAAACAAAACUAAGUGUUUGACUAAGUACACUUUUGAAAUCACACAUCUUUUCACUCUUUUGUGAGUUACGGCCCAAAUCAAGUUCCCUAAACCAGGGUUUCCCAACCUUUAUUGCGUCGAUGCACCCAUUUUACAAAAAUCUCAUUGCACACCACCAAACAAAAUGAAUGAAUGAAUGAAUGAUGAUUUUGUCUCAAUUUACUCAGAAAUGAACUUACGCUGUGUGAAAUCUGGCCCUGUUUAUUUGAAUACAAAGCUAAUAUACAUGCAGGAAGCCAUUACUUAUUUUGUUGCAUGGAUGGCACCAGGUAGAUAUACAGAUUUAUUGUAUCCAUCAAAUGAAAGGACAUGUAUUUGUUCUGCCUUGCACUAUAUAAUGAUGGCAUUGCUCGAUAAACAAAGAAUUAUUUGUAGUAGAGAAUAAUAAUUCAUCCAUCCAUCCAUUUUCUGUACCGCUUAUCCUCACUAGGGUUGCGGGCGUGCUGGAGCCUAUCCCAGCUAUCUUGGGGCGAGAGGCGGGGUACACCCUGAACUGGUUGCCAGCCAAUCGCAGGGCACAUAUAAACAAACAACAAUUCGGAGUCACAUUCAUACCUACGGGCAAUUUAGAGUCUUCAAUCAAUCUACCACCCAUGUUUUGGGGAUGUGGGAGGAAACCGGAGUACCCGAAGAAAACCCACACAGGUACUGGGAGAACAUACAAACUCCACGCAGGCGGGGUCAAGAAUUGAAACCCCGCUCCUCAGAACUGUGAGGCAGAUGUGUUAACCAGUCGUUCACUGUACCACCUGAAUAAUAAUUUUAGGACAAAUUAAGUGAAAUUUCACUUAAUUUGUCCCAAAAUUAUUAUGACCAUUUACUAUGGCAGCCCCAAUGAGCUCAUGGUUCACUUAGGUAUGACAGCACCCUGGUUGGGAAUCAAUAGUACUCGAUAUAAGUUCUACUUUACACUACUAAUUUAGCAGGAAAUCACACCUCUCUUCAAAAAGGUUAAAAGGUGGAUUUAAAAAAAAUGACAGUCACCUCAAUGAAGACAAAUAGUUGAUGAGAAUUAUAUUCAAAUUAUGCAAGAGUCAUGCCUACUGAAAAUAAUAUUUCAGAUAAAAAUGAAUUUUGAAAUAAAACAAAAAAAGUAAAUUAUUCUGGUUGUAAAGAUGAUUAGUCUCUGUCCUACACAAAUACUUUGCUUUGUUAGCAUGUUCCUUCAGGUAUAAUAAACAAUAGACACAAAACUCUGACCAAAGUGCAGUUGUUUUCAUUUUCAGUUAGUUUGUUAAAUUAUUAUUAUUUAUUUUUUGCAUUUAGUUUAAUAGCAUUUGAUCCACCUGAAAUAUAUUGGGCUUUUUUAUGAUGACUGAACAUAUUAGUUGUUUAAUUUCAGAAUGUUUGAAUAUUAGUCAUCAGACUAAGCACACCAUCAAUUCAUUUCUGGACUGGUCGUAAAUCAAUCAGGGAAAACAUUGACAUGCACACUUGGAACAGCAUUCUUUCAUGUUUGCAAUGACUAUUUGCACUAAUUUCUUCAUAGAGGUGAAGUCAAAUGUUUCCGAAAGCAAACUACCACCAUCUCAAUCAAAUCUGUAGUUUAGCAUUAUCAUUGUUGAUGGGGUUUCCACUCAAUGCAAGCAGAUUUCUUUAAGGAUCAAACCACUGACAGGCUUUGCUAGGCUUGGUCAGAUUUAUAGUUCUCUUAUGUUUACGUAAUUUCAUCAGAAGCACAUCAUACAUGUUAAUGGCAACUGCUUGCGCGGCCUUCCACUUCGACAUCGCUGAACUUUGUAACUGUUGAUCUUGGACGGUGCCUGGCAAACACGAGUGUUAGAAUCUGCUAUAGAAUCUUCUAUCCUCUGCAUGUCUGUUUGUUUUAUUUUGUUUGAAAAUAAACCUGAAAACUUGU